CAAAAAACGCAAAAACGGCUUGGAUGGGCCGAGUGUCACUGCGUGGUAUCCAACCGGCACUGGAAAAUUUUCCGGAAGCUGGGGACUUGUUCUCCUUUCAUAAACCCUAGCUUAACCCCCAAAUAACUCCAUUUGCCAGAGAGUUGGAAGAAAUGGCUAACCACGCAAAACGACUGGUAACCUCCACCUUAACGGCGGGAUCAAGGUGGUUUUCUACGGCGGCGGCAACGGCAACGGCUGUGAACAAAGGAAACGAGGAAUCCCUAUUCCGAAAGCUCUCUGCUCUCACCGCCGCAGACGGCGGCGUAGCCGACACUCUCGACCAAUGGGUAAGGCAAGGGAAUCCCGUCAAGAGGUUCUACAUCCUCGGCUGCGUCAAUCAGCUUCGCAAGUACAAGAAGUACGAAAAGGCCUUACAGAUAUAUGAAUGGAUGGAAAAGCAGAAGAACAAAAUGAACAACGCUGACCAUGCUGUGCGCAUGGACCUUCUUGCCAAGAUCAAGGGGGUGACCUCAGCUGAAGAGUACUUCAACAACCUGGAAGAAUCCUCAAAGACUGUGAAAACAUAUGGAGCACUUCAUAGUUGUUACUGCAAGGAGAAGAUGAUAGAUGAAGCGACCAACCUUUUUGAGAAAAUGAAAGAGCUGAGUUUUGCAUCUGCUUUAAGCUACAACAACUUGAUGUCUCUCUACUUGAGCAUUGGUGAACCUGAAAAGGUCCCUUUGCUCGCAAAAGAAAUGGAGGAGAUGAAAAUCACUGCAGAUAAACACAUUUAUAAUAAACUAAUGAGGGGAUUUGCUUCUCUGAAGGAUUAUGAUGCAGCAGAGGGAGUUCUUGAGAAGAUGAGAGAAGACAAGGUAAUGCCUGAUUGGAUUACUUACGAAAAUCUAGCUGCUAUUUAUGCUGAUGCAGGGUUUGCUGAUAAAGCCAAUGCGACCUUACAAAAAUGGGAGAAUAUGGGAAAUGUCGGUGAUUACAGGGCUUUCCACAGUCUCAUAAAUAUGUAUGCAAGAAUGUCUGAUUUGUCGGGGGUUAAUCGUGCCUGGGAAUCUUUGAAGUUGGCCGCUCCGGAAAAACUCAGUAAUGCUAGCUAUCUCGUCAUGCUCUCAGCUCUCCUCAAGCUGGACGAUGCCGAAGGCCUUGAGAAAUGUUUCUCAGAGUGGGAAUCAGGUUGCUCAACCUAUGAUGUCCGGAUAUGCAUUGUUAUUUUCAAGUCUUACGUUAAGAGAAACAUGAUUGAGGAAGCCACCACACUUUAUGAAAACAUGGGUAGUAGAGGGGUUGAACCCAAUUUGGAUACAUUUGAUAUCUUCACUAACUACUACAUAUCCAACGGCCAGAGGGAUCUGGCUUUCAAAUUUUUUGAAAUGGGUGUAGCUAAAGCUUGUUCGGAGAAAAUUAAAUGGUUUCCAACUGAUCAAACUGUUAGUAAAUUUCUGGAACUCUUCGACAAGGAAAAGGAUGAAGAGGCUGCUGAAAAGUUCCGUGAGAGAGUGAAGGAGAUCGAACGCCUGAGACUGUAAUGCCAGUGUUGCAUGCCCAGCGCAUAUGUGCCUGCUGAAAAAUUGGAAGAUGUGUCAAGCUAAAGAAGAUGUCUGCAAUACAAGCCCUGUGUUAUUUGGGUUAGCAAGCAUGAGGAAACGCUUUGAAACAUUUCAAUACCGUAGUUGGAGCAUAAUGGAAAUUUCUUGUAAGUGUCAUUGUUAAGUAGUAGUAGUAGUAGUAGUAGUAGUAUUUCUUAUAGAAGCAAAAAUAACUGAUGAGUCAGUAAUGUGUUUUCUGUGUUUCCUACAAUUUCGACAUGUUUUGUUCGGUUGAAACAAUGUAAGUUCAGAAUUCCGCUAAUGUUAUGUAUCGGUCUCUCCUGUUGAAAAAAAACGUCGGCGAUUCUAACAGGUUGGAAACGGAGCUUUGUUCCU